UUUAUGGGGGUUCUUGCUCCAAAAUUAAUUGAACACACAAGAGCUUUAACAUUAACCCCCCAGAACCAUCAGCUUGAAAAUACAUAGACAAUUAAGACACUUAGUAAUGUCUUUAAAAGCGAACAUGGUAAUCGUGUAGAUAUGGCAGUGGGACGUCUAUACUGUAGCUUGGUUAUGAGGAUGAGUGUCUCUCAGCAGUGAGGUCCAUGCCAGCCGGGACUUGAAAGCCUUAGUGAUCUGAAACAAAAGAAGACGACAACCAGAAGGUGCACAGUAAUAUGCUCGUGCUUAUAAUGGCGAGGGAGGGAGGGUUGCGAGCAGUUUGAGCAUACUUACCGAGCAGUAAUGUCACGUAUAUAUGUCCCGUGUCUAAUAGGAGAAUGGUAGUGAUUGGAGCGAUUUGACAGCUGACCGCAUCAGCUGGUCGCAGCACUAUGCCUACGUGGCCUGACUGAACUAACGCUGCGCUCGAUUUCAGACAGGACCUCUUUGGCAAGUUACUUGAUUUUAUUGAACACAAUUUAUCUUUGGCGGUAUGGUUCCUUAUGGGGGUUCUUGCUCCAAAAUUAAUUGAACAUACAAGAGCUUUAACAUUAACCCCCCAAACAUAAUGAGAGGUAUUAACUUGCCCAAAGAAGAACCCCCCAAAACCAUCCUUGUUCCAUUCCUGCAAAAGAGAAAAGACAAUGUUAUUGAGAUAUUCUUAAUGUAGCCUACUGGCUAUCAGAGGGGUAUUCUCCCCUCUAAAAGGAGGGAGAGAAUAGCAGGCCCCUCUUUUAAUUUAAGUAGCAAGGGGUGUUCAUCCCCUGCUGAGGGAUAAACAGCAGGCCCCUGCAGUUAUAGAAGCAAAGGGUGUUCUCUCCAGCGGGAGAAAACAGCAGCCCCUUUUUUUUUUUUUUUUUGCGAGGGACUGACUGCUGGCUCCAAAUAUACAGCAGUGGUGUUCUCUCCAGCGGGAGAACCACAAAACAAAGCAGCAUUGUCGCCCUGAGAUUGGCAUGAGGGGUAGGAGAGCAGCAUGCCCCUUAUGGUAUGUGAAUACUACGAGAAUGCAGAGUGAGUUUUUUUUUUUUUUUAUAUAUGGAAGAGCUGCUCAAGGCUUUUUGCGCUAAUAUUACAUCCUGUAGGCCUAAUGUAUCGUUGAUACGCUGAUGAUGACCACCGACCCAUUGCUUUGAGCAUGGGUAUGGAGGCUUUUUAAGCUGCGGUGGUUGCCGCGCCUAUGCGGAAUGAAUGGCUGGUAUAAAGCGCGGGGUCCAUACCACAAUGGGGGCAUGCGGUUUGGAGACGUGAGGCAAACCAAUGCUUGGACAUAGCUUCUCCUUUCUCUGUGAUGAAAAGUGGAUCUGUAGGGUUUGAUUUACUGCGUGAGCUUACCAGCCGGUUCAUGGCUGUGAGGGGACAAUAUCUGUUGUUGGUUCUGGAAAUGUUGAUGGUACUUCCGUUAUUAUCUCUGUCUGUUUUGGAAUGUUUCAGAUAGAUGGAAAGGUAUUCGGUGUGAAAUGAUAUGUCUUUGAUUGUGAGAUCUUGUGAAGGGUCGAAUUUUUUGGUGUUUAAUAGUGAAUUCUCCUCCUCUGAGGAAUCCAUAAUAGGCAGUGAGGAACGCUGCUUCUAGAAGCAAGUUUGUGUGCGGCGUGAAGAGGCCUGAUCUUAAUUUAUCCACCAUCGUGUGCACCUGUGAGAGAGACAGCGGUAGUCGUUUAUCUGGAACUGCAGCACUUUCCUUUUUUAACCCGUUGAGGAGAAGGCAUAUGGAGGGAUUUUGUAACAGGCUUUGGGAGGAAGAAUCUAAACAUCUAAUGUGGAAUUGAAUGCCUGAGAUCAUAAUCUUGAUGGUAGAAGGCUUAAGCUUUCUGGAUUCGAAGCAGUGCGUAAUGAAAGCACAUAUGAUAGGUAUGUUAGCUGGGAGUUUAGGCACAGAGAAAGCGUUGCAGAAAUCUGAAAAAGACGACCACGCAGAGUCGUAAGUUUUAAGUGUCGUUUUAAGUGUCGUUUAAGUUUUAAGUGUUGUUUUUGCCCUGAUCUCAUGUAGUGUGCGGCUGAUUUAAGGUAUUUUUGCAAUGUUGCAUUCAGUCUAGGACUGUUUGACUGAAGUCCGGGCAGUCCAGUUGUGAUGAAGCAGCUCCUGGACACAGGCAUCUGAAUUCCUGGAAAUUAAACCGAGACAGAGAGUCAGCUAUUUUAUUAUCCAGCCCAAGGAAUGUGAGUAGCUUUAAUUGUAAAAUUGUUCAUAACUGAGAUCCAGGUUAGGCGCCUAAUAAAACGGUUAAUGAAAGGCACAGAGGAGCGACCCUUGUUAAUAAUGUUCACUGUGGCUUCGUUAUCACAGAAAACAAGGAUGUUUUCCUAGUCCAUUGAUCUGCCCAUAAUAAGCAAGCAAUCACUAUAGGAUAUAAUUCCAUGAGUGCUGUCGAUUGGAUAGAGGGGGCCAGUUCAAGUUCUUGAAGUUCUUUUGGCCAUCUUUCUGCGAACCACUGUUUGUUAAAAAUACCCCCGAACCCGACGGAAGGAGCUGCAUCGGUGAAGAAUUGUAGUUUUACUGAGGUUUCUAUAUCUUCUUCGUAGAAGAAGGAAAUGCCGUUCCAGUUGUCGCAUAAUUUAGACUAGAAUGUUAAAUUGGACCUGCAGCUUUCAUCUAACGUGACCAUGUCAUGCAUUUUCUCGACCAUUUUAGACAGAUCUAAAAGUCUGGAAAUAAAGGAACGACCUUGGGGAAUAAUCCUCAUAGCAAAAUUGAGAUGGCCCAGCAGAGAAAGAAGAUCCCUUUUUGUUAAGGUAGGUAAUUGGGAAUAAGUUCUGAUGAAACCUCUAAUCCUUUCUAGUUUGUCUAGCAGAAGAGAUGCUUGCAUUUUCACUGAAUCUAGCGUGAUCCCCAGAAAAUCGAGGACACGAGAUGGGCCUUUUGUUUUUUCUUCUGAAAAAGGAGUGCCAAAUUUAUUGAACGCUUUAACCAGGGAAUUGAUGCUGCGUGAUGGGUUGGCAUCUGGAAAGUCGAUGAGCAGGAAGUCAUCCAACGGGUGAAGAACGAAUGGUAGUUUGAAAUUAUUUAGUAAGACCCAGCAGAGUGCUUCAGACAGUGUAUCAAAAAUCUUUGGGCUGCUUUUACACCCGAAAGUGAGUCUGACUGAAAAAUAAAAUUUUUCUCAAUUUUUCUAAUUUAAUGAGUUUAAUUGCGUUGUCCACUGUGGAAUAAGCCAGGGGAAAUGGUUCUGAGGGAAUUAAACUGUUAAUGCUUGGAACCCCUACUAUGGAGUGGGGAGCGGAUAAAUCAAUAAUUAGACAUUUUUUCCCUGAGUAUUUCCUAACUGCAACUCCUAAAGGGUUAAUGCGGAAAAGUUUGAAAGGAGGUUGAUCAAAAGGUCCGAUCUAGUAGCCCUUCUCAAUUCUUUCCCCAUCAGAUCAUCUACGGCCUGUGGAUCUUUGAUAGCCGACUGGAGGUUUUGACAGGUGAAAGAGAAAGUGGGCAGAUAGGAAAGACCAGCUAGGAACCCAUGCAUGAGUCCUAGAAUGAGGUAAGACACAAAACAGCGAUUUGGAUGCUUUUCCAGAGCUUUAGAUAGCUCCUUGGUGUUUAUUUCUUUUUUAGAAAUUUUGUGCGGCGUGGACAAGAAAACUUCAGGUGACUGUUCCCGCUAGUGUCGUGAGUUGAAGCAGUCUUAGGGCAGAGAGAUGCGGUGUGGGAAAACGAACUGCAGAGUGAGCAUGACAGUGCUCGGUGGCCUGUAAAGUGUCUGCUAAUGAGUGCAAGAUUGACCACGGACCAGUCCAGUCGCUGAAUAAAUCAUUGUAUGUACAUUGCUGCUUUAGAUGAAAAUGAUUUGUGGUAUUCGUAGAAUAGUGUGCCUCCGUAAGACAUGGCGAGAUCCGAAAUAAUAGCUAGAUAGGUAUCUAAUUCUUUUCUCCUGUCUGGAUACACUUCACAGAUAAUGUCUCUGAACACGCCGAAGCAACGUUAAAUUCUGCCAUGGUUAAACUUUGGUUUUGAGUCUUGGAUCGUUUUCUUUAAGAAUGACAGAUAUAUCCCCACAAUCCACAAUCCUUCUUUCGUUAGUUUCUGUGCAUAGCAAUAUUUUAACCAAGUUUAUGUCGUUACCUGACAGGAUUUGAGCGCGCAGUUGGGGAGAAAUUGCAGCUGCUGGGGGGGAAAAGGGCACCCCGGUGGAAGAGGCAGGUAACGCUGAUCCAAGAGAUCUUCUAGGAAGAGCCAAGUCGGGAGUAAGGGCGCAGUUUGAUGUCGAGCUGGAAGUCUGCCCGUCAAACAUCACCCGAGGUGCAGAAGACGAGCGCUGCGAUUCCAGCGCCUGGAUCCUGUUGUCCAUGUCGGAGAGGGUUCCUUGGAUUGACAGCAGCGCUGUGAGAACCCUGUCGUCUCCCUGUUGGGCUGGAGCUUGACAGGGAUGAGAUGAUUUUACCUUCUUUGGAGUUGGAGACGCUUGAUCAGUGGAGAUAUUUUUUCUUUUCUCCGUGGCUUUACGGCCGGUAGAUCGGGGAAGAGAAGAUACUGCGUUGGUAGAUGGGGGCUGCGGGUCUUGAUUGACUUCUUGUAAAAGAGUCAAGAGCUGAUCAUGAUUCAGAUUCGGAGGCACUUGUACAUUGAGAGAGUACAAGGUGGCCAAGAUCCUUUCUUUGGGCCAUUCAUUGAUGGAGAAAGGAUUCCUCGCUGCUAUCCUAGAGCUGUGUCUCACUAGCUGGGUUGGAUCGUCGUCUUCGGUGUAAUGAUCCAGAAUCUCGUCCGGAGACUCUUCGGAUAGGAUUUGUCCUAGGAUGUCCGAAGUAUCCAUAACCAGGAAGCAGCAGGUAAGAUGUGAAAGAAAUAACGUGAGCGUAAUUUUCAUGCUGUUUGUCGCUGUAUCGCAAAGCUUGCAAGCAGUUUGAGCAUACUUACCGAGCAGUAAUGUCACGUAUAUAUGUCCCGUGUCUAAUAGGAGAAUGGUAGUGAUUGGAGCGAUUUGACAGCUGACCGCAUCAGCUGGUCGCAGCACUAUGCCUACGUGGCCUGACUGAACUAACGCUGCGCUCGAUAAUAUUUACACACACAAAAAAAAAAACUUACUCCACAGACUGUGUACCACCAGGUCCUUCAGGCCUUGGUCGAUGCCUCCAGUUUAUACGAGGUAAGGAGAAUACUACUUUGAGUACAAUUUGGCUCAACAAAGGCAGAAAGCAUUGUGUUACACAGCAGCGCUUAGUCCUCUCACCGGCAGCAUCAAAAACUUCUAAAGGUUCCAAUCGCCCAUUCGUGGCAGUAAACACUCUCAACCUCUGUUGGUAUAGCUUCGCAUAUCCCGCAUGAGCACCACCACGGUGGCGCGUUACGGCUGCGACGCGGCUACCAGAGCUGAUCUGCAGCCAUUCUAGUCAAUGCUUGUGUUUACACCAGCCGUGCCGCGGCACGUUUCAGAAGCGGCUUGCCGCACCACUUCGCUAAAGAUAGGCGGCAAGUCUAUUUUUGAUGCCGUGUGCAAGGGGUCAUGAGCUCCCCGUCUCAAUUCUGUUGUUUGUGCCGCUGCUCCUGCAGCCUCCUCCAUCUCCUGGAGUUCCUGGUCGGUAUACUCCGGUUCAAACAAACAUGGCUGGGCAAAAAACUCAGUCUCCUCUUGGCUUAUAUCGAAAUCCUCUGACAUUUUUUUUUUUUUUUUUUUUUUUUACAAAUCCUUAGUUUUGUGACCGGUGACCGGUGUUUUGUUUUGCUCUCUCCUCUGCGCUUCCGUGUUCGUCACCAGAGCUCACACUGCACCUGCGUCCUUCGUCAUAAGCUGGGAUGCCACUCUCUUGUGAACGCGCGUAUGACAGUUAGCAGAAGCUAGAGAUUACAGUUUAUAAAGUUUUAAAUAUGGAUAUUUUUCUUACACAAACACAUUGCUUCGCUUCAGAAGGACUUCAUUAACCCCCCGGAGUGUGUGGACUAACCCCCUAGAGCAUGUGGACUUCUUUUAUAAUGGAUGGGUGCAAUUUUUUGGACUUCAAAUUUUGGGCCACCAUCCACUCCCAUUAUAAAGCAUGGAUUACCCUGGACAUUAUUUAAUAUAACUCCGAAUGUAUUCGUCUGAAAGAAGAAUGUCAUAUACACCUAGGAUGGCUUGAGGGUGAGUAAAUCAAGGGGUAAUUUUCAUUUUUGGGUAAACUAUCCCUUUAAUAGCAUAAUCAAGUGACAUGUGAAGGCAAAGUAUAAUAACCCAUACUUGGAAUUUGUCCUCUUCCAUCCUGUUAGUGCACACACAUUAGGAGUGGUGAGUAGUGAACAUACACACUGCAAUCUGUGGACACACACCUGGAGCAGUGGGUAGACAUUUUUGCUGUGGCGCCCGGGGAACGAUUGGGUGUUAGGUGCCUUGCUCAAGGGUACCUCAGUCAUUUCCAGCCGGUAUUGAGACUCGAACCUGCAAACCUUCGGGUUACUAGUCUGACAUAAUAAUGCAUGUAGCAUAAUAUAGGCAUAUAACUUAAUAAGCUUGACUUGGCAAAAAGAAACACAUGCAGAAUUAAGGAAAUGUAGCCUAUAGUUAUGCUGUGACUGGACUGGAGACGUUUUAAUUUCGUUUUAACUUUUUAAUUGGAGACACAUUUUAAAUUUCAAAAUUUGGUGAGUAGAACAAUAGAGUAUGUAGGCCUAUAUCCCUUACAGAAAUUAGCCAUGUUUAUAUAUAUAUGUGUGUGUGUGUGUGUGUGUGUGUGUGUGUGUGGUUAUGGUAAGUAUAGCAAAAUCAUGGUUAACUUGUGGUUACAAUGGUUAACUAUAUUAACCAUGUUUAUUUAUUUAUUUUUUGGUGGAUGGGGGUCUUGUAGUAAACCAUGGUUCAUUUUCCUAAGGAAUGAUAUAACUUGCUUAUCUUGGAACAUUAGGAAACCGUACGAAGACGUUGUUACGUUAAUAAAGUCUUUAAAAUUACCAAAAGUUCGAAUAAAUAACGUAUCUGGUAAGUCGUGUGUCAGCAGGGCUGAGUUUUAGUCAAGAACACAAUUAUGAUCAGCGUGGUUGAAACCUACCAUCACAGAUCACGAACCGCUCUCGCGCGUCUUGCGUCAUUGAAGUCUGUGAUCUAGAGGAGGUGCGAUUCGAUUCACUCAUUCAACAAGCUGUACAUUUCUGUGAGGUUCUGGCAGUUUAACAGCUGAAAACACCCCUAUUACGGAUCAGAAGAAAUGGAGCUGCAGAAAUUGAACCGAAACGCUGCGACCACACGGUAACGCGAGCGUCGAUGAGGAGAGGACUAAAGAAUGGCUGCUCCUGACCUCCUUGAUCCUAAUACAGCCAUUCAUAACUCCAAACCUCGUCUCUCAUUCUCUGCUCAGCCAGUGCUGCGGAAGUCUCCAGAAGACUUUGAGCCUCGUGUAACCGUCAUGCGCUGGAAAACAGUGCUGAGUGUCUUCCUGCUGGUGGUGCUGUACUUGAUUCUUGGAGCAACUGUGUUUAAAGAGCUGGAACAGCCUCACGAGACAUCACAGAAACUCGCCAUCCUGGUGGAAAAACUGGAAUUCCUUGAGCAGCAUCGCUGUGUCAAUUCCUCAGAUCUGGAAUACUUAGUGAAGCAAGUGGUGUCAGCGUUACGAGCAGGAGUGAACCCUUCCGGAAACUCAUCCAAUCAGAGCAGUUUAUGGGACCUCAGCAACUCAUUCUUCUUCGCUGGAACAGUUAUUACAACCAUAGGAUUUGGGAAUAUCUCACCUCACACAGAGGGUGGACGCAUCUUCUGUAUUAUCUAUGCCCUGUUGGGAAUUCCUCUGUUUGGAUUCUUGCUGGCAGGAGUGGGAGACCAGCUUGGAACAAUCUUCGGAAAGGCAAUUUCUAAAGUAGAGAGUAUGAUUGAUAAGUGGAACGUGAGUCAAACCAAGAUCCGUGUGAUCUCUACUGUUCUUUUCAUUCUGUUUGGUUGUCUCCUCUUCGUCACUCUGCCGGCCGUCAUAUUCAAACACAUUGAGGGCUGGAGUGCGCUGGAGUCCAUCUACUUUGUCGUCAUUACCUUGACAACCAUCGGCUUCGGAGAUUUUGUUGCAGGCGAGGGUGAGCGACGCCACCAUGAAGAGAGCAGUGGUGGUUCUGAGUUGGAGUACUUGGACUAUUACAAGCCCCUGGUGUGGUUCUGGAUCCUGAUUGGUUUAGCAUACUUCGCUGCUGUUCUCAGUAUGAUUGGAGACUGGUUUCGUGUCAUAUCCAAGAAAACAAAGGAGGAGGUAGGAGAGUUUCGAGCUCACGCCGCUGAGUGGACUGCUAACGUGUCCGCAGAGUUUAAGGAGACUCGUCGGCGACUGAGUGUCGACAUUUAUGACAAAUUCCAGCGUGCUGCAUCGAUCAAGCGCAAACUGUCUGCUGAAAUAUACCUCAGCCCACCUGUCAAUCAGCAGAUGACACCAGGGAAACGUGCACAUUCAGUUAACCUCGGAGAUGAGAGAGAGGCAUAUUCCUACACAUCUGUAAGAAAUGGAAGCUUAUUCCUCAACGGCCUUAUCCCGGAUUACGCUGACCAUCGAGAUAUCAAUAAAAUACAAACAAAAUGAACUGGAACUAAAGACAUUCACCGAUAAACUGUGGGAGCAAAAAUAUAGGAUGUAUAAGGAAGGAUAAGACAAAAAGAAAAAUAAGAGAACAAAGAGAAGACUAUACAUAUCAUAUAAAGAAAACAGACAGACACCAUUUGUGUGGACAAAGAGCAUUGUUCUCCAUUGAAGGCCAUGCAAAAGUAUCCAUGUACUCUGCCUAAAUAAUUUUUGUUAGCAACAUAUAAUGAGUUAUUUGUAAUUUAUAUGAUUAUAGUUACAGGUUAAUAUACUGUAGAUGUUUCACAAGUGCGCCCCCCUCUUUUUUUGAUAGCUCUAAAAUGCAUGAAAGUCUUUUUUUCAUUCUUCUGCAAGAAAAGUCUAAUAUAGACAGCAUGACAUUUACUGAAUGUUAGCAUUCCAGCACUGCAUGCUGCAGCUGAGCACCUACAAUUGAAAUGAAUGGGAAUGCUAACCAGCUUUUUCUCGAGUCUACCACACUCCAAAACAAUGUCUGCAAAGUCCAGCAUAAUGAAGGCACAACAUCACUCUUUCCAAAAGAAAAAAAACUUUUGUAUUACUCUGUCCCAACCGCAGGCAUAUACUGCAGCAAGAGCUAGGAAAUUCCUUGACAUUUUAAGUUGAACAUUCCCAACUCAGCUUUCUUGCACCGUCCAUGACCAGAUGCACAGAGGCAUAGUUAAAAGUGUUGAAUGAUUCUCAUGCCCUGGACUGAAAGUCACAUGCACAAUCCUGAUACAAAUUGCCUUCCCCAGCCUAACCAAUCAGACCUCAAGGUACCAUUCUAAAUGCCCUGGAACAUCACAACUACUGUUAAUGAACUUACUGAAUGCAAUGAAUUUGUUUCCAUGAUCAUUCAAUUCAAUCCAGCGAGCCCUGCAGCCUCUGACAUUCAGAUCGUUGGGCUGAGACGGAGAGAUUGCACAGUUGCCAUGGAGAUCCGAGACACAUUUUAAGCCACCAGCUCCACUGCAAGGACUACUAUAGUUGUCAAGCCAUGGCUGUAAAUUUCAUCCUUCUCGUACCCAUUUGACACUCUUGAGGGAAUAAAGAGAUACAGACAAAUCAGACACAAGAUUCUUUAUAGAUGAAGUGUUUCCUAAGAUGAAUCAGUGUUUCAAAGGUGUCACAGGCACUCUAAAGGAGACAGAAAUAGAUUUUUCUCUUGUAGUAAACUCACAGCUGAAAGCAUUCAGGACUGGUGUAUUUAAAUGAAUUUCAAUUUUAUUCUCUAAAGUCUGUACACUUUCUUGAAGGCAGUUAACUAAAAUGACUUGAUCUUGUUGUAUAGGGUGGAUUUACCUGGCUGAACAAAAUGCUUAUUUCAAUAUGAUUGUAAUCUUACAGAGCCAUUCUGUUUUUUUCUGCUUUGAGAACAACAAAAAAUAAGGAUGCAAUUAAGAUAAGCUCAAAGAAAAAAAGUAUUAUCUUAGGGUGUGUUCACACUUGGCAUGUUUGGUUCUAUUAAAAUGAACUCUUGUGCGAUUGCUCUGUUAGUGCGGUUCAUUUGAAUAAGUGUGAACACUGCCAUCGGAACCUGUACCAAACAAGCGGACCGAGACCUCUAAAAAAUGUGUCUCAGUCCGCUUCCAAACAAACUCUGGUGGGGUUAAAAUGAAAUAUGAAUGCAACACAGACCAAAGAUAUGUAAAUGAACCAAAAACAUGACAUGAUGUCACAAUAUGCGACCCGAAAAAGGACAGAAUGCUCAAGCAUACCUGUUUUUUCCAUCAUAGUCGCGAUGUUGCCCAUCACAGUUCAGUACAGACUUCAUAACAAUGUGUCCUCACAGCAGAUCUUUUUUUGUGUGUGUGACAGAGGGAUUUCUACCACUGUUUUGACUCCUUUACACAUUUUAUAAGCUCUUCACAAGUUGUCAGCUCCAUCAUAUACCAUCGUAUGUACGCACAUACAGUGAGCGCAUUUUUUAUUUUGUUUUGUAUAUUUAGGUUUGGUGUUAAAAGUGACAGUGUGAACGCUAAGCAAACCAGGACUAAAUGUAUAAUUUUCUUUUUUGGUCUGGACCAAAAGAACCAAGAGAACUGAACUACAAGUGUGAACACACCUAUUUAAAUGAAUUUUAAUUUUAUUCUAUAAAGUCUGUACACUUUAUAGAAUAAACAGUAAACUAAAAUGCAGUUAACUAAAAUGCCUUGAUCUUGUUGUUAAGGGUGGAUUUACCUGGCUGAACAAAAUGCUGAUUUCAAUUUGAUUGUAAUAUUACAGAGUUAUUCUGCUUCAUUUCUGCUUUGACAACAACAAAAAAUAAGGAUGCAAUUAAGAUCUUUAAGUUUAAAAAAAAAAAAGUAUUUUCUUAGGGUGUGUUCACACUUGGCAGGUUUGGUUCUAUUACAAUGAACUCUGGUGGGAUUGCUCUGUUUGUGCGGUUCAUUUGAAUAAGUGUGAACACUGCCAUCCAAAUCUUGGUGCGCACACAAACAAGCGGACUGAGACCCGCUUCCAAAUGAACUCUAGUGUGGUUUGAUGGAUGUAUGAACACAACACAGACUAAAGACAUCCAAUCAAAUCAAUAACAGGACGUGAUGUCACAAGAUGUGAUCUUAAAAAGGGCACCUGUAUUUCUUGUCAUAGUCGCGACGUUGCCCAUGGGAAACGCCGUCUCCUUUCAGCACAUCUUCAUUUGUGUGCAACGGAGAAAUUCCUGGCGCUGUUUUGACUCCUUUACACAAUUUAUAAGCUCUUUGUGAGUUUUCAGCUUAUGCAUUUACCCCAGCACACAGCAUUGUUUUGGAUGUUCGGUGGCAAAAAAAAAAAAAAAAAACAUCACACAGGCCGUUUAUUUUUUAUUUAUUUUUUUUUUUUUUUGUACUUUUAGAUUUGACCUUAAAAUGACAGUGUAAACACUAAGCAAACUAGGACUAAAAGUAUUAUUUUCUUCUUUGGUUCGGACCAAAAGAACUAAUGAACUGAACUACAAGGGUGAACACACCCUUAUUGUGUGAUCCAGAUUCUAUCCCAUGCUCAUUGGAAAACGUGCCUUGGGCGACAUUUCUGGGGAUAUAAAAAAAUUAUAUUACGUUGCUUCUUGCACAUCUCGCUGCAUUUUCAAAUGUCCAGUGAGUGGCGCUAAAAGCGCAUUCAAUUUUCUCCACGUGACUCUUGCAUCAUAUGUUGUUAUGUAUCACGGCAGAAUGGUAAGUGGCGCUAAAAUAUCAAAACUUUAUCGCAUUUAAAAAGUAAUGUAAGCCUACUAUCUACACUAAACCCAACCCUAAACCCAACUGAUAGAGUUAAUAAAAGCAAACGUGAGAUGCUUCUACAAUGCUUUUAUCUCUUGUCGAGUGUCUUGGCUCGUGUUUCAUGGAAAUUUGUCCCGAGUGCUUAGCAUCGCCAGAGCAAUGCUUGGACGCUAUUCGGGUGAGCUACCAAGCAAGUUUACUAAAUUAGAAAAGCCAUAGGCCUGUGGAGCUGGUUGUGUAAUACAAAUGUAAAAAAAAAAAAUAGUUUAGAAAUCAUGCACUAUAGUAAAAGUGUUUGAGGUCAUAACAGUAUUGUGCAGGGAUGUGAAAAGAAGUCUUUAUUAAUUGAUAAUAUGCCCAUGUACUCAUAAUUUGUGUGAAACCUGUAUGAACGUUACCAUUUCACUGCCUCUAGUUUUAAUUUCAGCUGGAAACUGCAGUGAAUUUUCUGUACAGAUAGGUAUGUUUUUGGAGUUUUGAAAAAGGUAGAGGCACGUUUUUCCAAUGAGCCAUUGUUCAUUCUAUUGAUUACAAAUUUACCAUAUGCUACAUGGUGAUAUCCAUAAAGCUGCAUAAUAAUUGGUUUCUAAAGGCUUUUGAAAACCUUGUUUCUGUGAUGCUGGCUGCAUCUAAGUUUGAGAUGGUUGUAACCCUGACAGUGAUGAUAAUAUGAAAGAAAAAUAAGCUACUUAUGUUUGAGUACAGGUAACUACCCUGCAAUAUAUGCAUUAAUGUGUCUUGAAGGGUCUGUUCAGCUUUUGAACUCCAGGAGAAACAUUUGAAGAUCACCUGAUUUCAGAACUUCAUGAUAAAUUACAAACACAGCUCAAAUACUGUCCUUUGGCAAGAUGGUGUACAGUAAACACUGAUCUCAAUGUAAGAGCAGUUUCAGGCAUCAAAAGAUGAAGAGCAAAGGUUAGAAGAAGGGUUGUCAUAGUAGAUUAAUAAUAUGUGAUACUGAGCUAGAAGCAUUUGUUUUUGCUUUUUCACAGGCUUAACUUUUAUUUAUUAAAUGUGCAUUAAGUUUAUCUAAAGCACAGAGACUUUGUGAUACUUCCCAUAUGUAAGCAUGUAAAUGAUGCAAAUUAGAAUUUAUAUUGCAUUUUGUAAUUAUAUUCAGUAUUUUCACCCUGUAAGAUAACUUUAUGGCAAAGGUCAAAUAUAUUAGGGGAGAUAUAAGAAAAGUAUAUUCAGAGUUGACAAAUGAUUGUAUGUUAGACACUCACUGUUUGUAUAUUGGUGCUCUGCAUCUUUCAACCAAAAUAAGGGGAUUUAAGCUGAUAAUAAGUGUAAUUAAUGUGGGGCUGCCCCCAACCCAAGAUUUUUCUAGUCGACUAGUAGUCGUUCAUUUAAGCCAUUAAUCGACUAAUCACACGUUUAUAUUAUUUUAAUCACUUAAAUAGGCCUAUACUGGGCAAUGUUGGCUGCAAAGAUGCUGAUGCUUACUAUAGAGAGAAAUGCACUUUUCAUAUAGAUUGCAUAAUCGGAGAGUAUAUGUUUUUGAUUCAAAUUGGUUUGUUUAAAAGUAGAUGUUUCAAGCUUUCUAUAGAUUUAUUUCUUAUGUCUGUGAGGCAAAUAGCCUAUACGCUGAGUUUUGGUUCAUUUAUGUGACACGCUGCUGUUCAGGGUGACCAGAAAACACAUGCUGUUUGUUUUCUUUAUUUUACAAAACAUAAUGUUUUGUGGUUAUUGUGAGUGUACACAAAUAAAAGUAGUUACAGUUUGGAAUGAUGUAUUACUCUUAUCUGUAUGACAAAAAAUGACAAAGUAUUUUAAGUUGAAAAAAUGCAAGUGAUCGUGCACAUUUAUCUAGGUUAACAUUAGAGCGAGCAGCCAUGUAAAUUGCUACUACUUACGUUUCAAAUGAUGAGCCAUAUUUGAGGUCGAUGGAUGAUAGGCGAACGUUUGAAUUUCCUGCCCUACAUAACGUUUAGUUGACUAUUAGGGGGCAGCCCUAGAUUAAUGUGUUCUUAACUGCACCAGCCUUUUUCAUAUAAACUAUAAAAUGCAUACAUUGAUGUGGCUGUUGUAUGGCAAUAAAUCUUUACAGUAAAUGGGAAUAAGUGGUGCUUCCUUUUGUGAAUGAAUCAUUAUUUUUGAACAAAUCUUCCUUGCUCAUCUCCAUGCACUGAUACAUAAUUUUUUUUCAGUCUCUUACUUUUGAAGGCUUUUCCUGCUUCCAAAGACCAACUAUAGCACAAACCAAUAGCAUUCAAGCAUUUCAUUGUUUGUGAUUGUAAACCAGUCUUGACCAGUUUUACUGAGGCUUCAAGGCUAAGUCCUCCUCAGCAUUGAACGCCAGGAUAAAAGAGGCCAUGAAUGAAUUUUAAUUACUUUUUUUAACCAAUCACAUGCUUUUUGAGAAUUGUUUACUCUCACUUAGAACAAAACCAUCUGCUCAAACAUGUGCAAGAAUCACUGUGGCACUGAUAUAUAUGUGCUAGACAACACAAUAAAUACAGUAAUAGAUUAUCAAUCUUGAUAUCGAUCUAUCUGCCAUAUCAGCCAGCCCAAAAACUUUCUUUAUUUUAAAACACUCAGCCAUUUUAGACAGUAUAGCUUUCUGUAAAGCUGCCCUGAAACAAUGUAUAUUGUGAAUAAAGUGCUAUACAAAUGAAUUUGACUUGACUUGAUUUGGAUCAUUUGGAAGCUUACAGAUUACCAACAUUAUUCCUUAAAGGUAUGAGCACAGUAAGAAGUUCAUUUAUUCAUAACAGCAGCAGAAAUGCUGCUUUUCAGUGCUUUUAAGAAGGCAUUUUGCAUUCUUUAAAUUACAAUUUCUAUUAUAUGAUGAUACUAUAAUGUUUAUUAUAACACCUCAACAAUAAUAGCACAAAACCAAAAUCACAGUCAUUUGGGAAAAAAAAUUAUCAGGCUGCAAAAAAUAGAAAGUAAAAAUCUCAACAUCCUGCCAAGUAAGUAACAUUAAUAUAUUAACAUUUCAUUCUUUCAGUACAUUAAAAAUAUAAGUAAAUAAAGUAACUGAAAUAGUAUUUAAUCAUACAUUCACAUUGUUAUUAUUAACCAACUAAUAAGUCUUAACAAGAAUGGCAUAAUGGUCUUACAUGUGCAUGUAUUUUUUAUUAUUAUUAUUAUUUAUUUAUUUAUUUAUUUUUUUAGGUACAUUUAUUGAAAGGAACAAACAUGAUCUCUGAAGUCCAGGAUUUGUAACCUCCUUUUGGAUUUGUCUGUAGAUUCUCACAUUAAAUUGAAAAAUAAGAAGAUAAAUGUUCUUUUUAAAUGUUCUUUUUCUAAUGUUUCUAGAGUGAAACUUCUAGAAUUUGGACCCUUAUAAAUUGCUGGUCUUCCAACCAUCACAUCUGAAAUCAUUUAAGAAUAAAACUGCUAUGUUCAAAAUAGUAAAAAAAAAAAAAAAAAAAAAAAA